AGUGACCCGAAGAAAACACUGUGCGUCUGCAUCAUAGAUUCAAAGUAAAGGCUUGUAGAAUGUGGAAGAGAGCAGGGAUGAAAGCUAUUUUACAGCCAUGGCGCAUCUUAGCAUCCCGUCCGGCGUCGACAAAGUCAACGGCGAAUGUUUCGUCGGCAGUCAACUCCAUGAUUCUCCAGUCACUCAAAGAACACUAUUUCGAAGUCUCCAAAAUGACUCCUCCCCCUAAAGUAAACCCUCCGACACCAUUUAAGCUUGUAAAAGGGUCUCUUCAAAGUUCUGGUCCUGUUUUGACCAGGAGUUUUGGGAACGAGGAAAUCAGUAUAUCCGUAAUGCGGUUGAGAAACAUUAUUGCUGCUUUUGAAGAUGAUGGAGAUGAUGUAACAAGCCAGUUAUUUCUCCAUGUUGAUGUGUCUAAGCCAGGUCAGAGUCAUUCUUUGCUUUUCCUUUGUGGAUUGUAUCCAGAUGCAAUAGGAAUUCAAUCAAUUUCAACAAGGGCCAAGAGCGAGGAUUCAGGCUUUGCCAUGGUCCCAACCAAAUACAAUGGGCCCACCUUCCAGGAUCUUGAUGAUAAGAUGAAGAAUGCAAUUCAUGGUUACCUUGAAGAGCGAGGCAUCAAUGAAAGCCUCUUUUCAUUUCUCCAAGCUUGGCUUUAUGUAAAGGAUCACCGGCAACUCAUGGAAUGGUUCAAAUCAGUAGGCACUUUCAUUACCGAAAAGAAGGAAGCUUAGAUCGGUUAUAACUAUGUUUGAUAUGUGGAAUGAAUUUGUAAGUACCCUGUAUAAAUAGGAUUAUUCCGGCAAAAUUAUUCUAUCUUAUGUAAGGCUGGUCUGUAAGGGUGAUUUUACGUGUUUGGUCAUCAUUUUGCAGGGCUAUGGGAUGUUUUUUCACCUGUAA